AUGAAACCCAACAUCAACCUCACCCUCCUCACCACCGCCCUACUAGCCCUCACAGGCACAGCAAACGCCGCAGUCCUCCCCCGGCAUGAACACGGUCACAGAUACGGACACAGACAUAAACACCCCUUAGCAACAAGGGGUAAUAUCGUUGCAGAUGAACCCAUCAAGAAUCCGACUGUCGGCCAUGGGACUGUUGGGAACGGCAGAGCUGGGUUGUACCGCGGCGUUUCGGGGGUAAAGCAGGACGAGGAGCAGGGGGGAAAGUGUGAUUCUGAGGGGAUUUUGGGGGGGUCGCUCUCCAUCCAUUUCCAAGGCCCGAUUCACAUCCACCAAGUCGCGGUGUACAAGCUUUCUGGGCCCAACACUGGCAACAACACGGCGGAUUCCGGAACAAACCCCGAAAAACGGGCCACAGGGCAAAUCCAGAAACGCGCUCCGGGAAUCGAUCAUGAGUAUCGUAGCAUCUCACCGAUGGGACAUUACUAUAACCCGAUUCCGAAGGCGUACACCUCGGGGGGCCCAGAAUCCACGGUCUCACCUACAGCCCCAGCUACGGUUCCAAGUACAGUCCCAGCUACAGUUGUAGCUACAGUCCCAUCAGUGUCUGCACCUGCUGUACAGCCCGAUACAGCCCAUACUCAGCCCUGGAUCCCGCCCAUCUUUGGUCACCAUACCCACACACGCACCAGCGCGCCGUAUUCUAACCUGCCGACAGGAGUAGGAUCGGUACCUGGGUCAUGGCGGCCCGAGGUGUGGAAACGGCCGGGUUCUCACGAUUCUCUUGACUCGACUUCGACUUCGACCUCAGACUCGGACACGACGACAACGGCAACAGUCACGACCACAUUCACAACUACCAAUAUAGCAAUAGCUAUGACGACCACAGCGCUGCCGAGCUCAAGUUCAGAGGACUCGACAGUGUUUAUGACGACGACUGUGACGACCGUUGUGGCGACUGUGCGGCCGAGCACAUCGUUUAGCGUGACAACAUACACAACAGACACCCCUAACGUUAUCACAUACCCCACGGCAAACCCCACCCCCAAAACCACAGGCUGCUCCGGCCCAAUAACAACAACAACACCUCGGUUCUUCAAGCCCAAGUCCAAGCCCAGCAGCACGUCGUCGUCGUCGUCGUCGUCGAGCAACAACACACCCGGCCACAACGUCAACAGCCCCCCGGCCAACACGCACAAGUCCAACGGCCAGCUGGUCCGCACGGGGUACUACAACGCGGCGCGGCAGCGGAACGAGGGCGUGGUGUUUGUGGGUGUUGGUGGAGCCCGGGGGACUGGAUCGCAGACGACCGUCAACAAACCAACACCGACCAUAAACUUUCCGGAUGCGAUGCUUGGAUCUGAGGAGGGGGUGGUGGUGUUGAGUGAUCGAGUGUGUGAGACGUGUGGGGAGGGUGUGAAUGACGGCUUCACCAGCCCGUCCCAUAACCUGCUCUUACUCCUCGAGUUUUCCAUCCCGCAGGACACCCCGAGUCAGCAAACCAACACCACAGCGGAUAACGGCCCUAGCAUCGACCUGGUGGGUACCAAGAACUUGUACACCGGGCUGGACUGCGGAAUCCCCAUCUUCAACACAAGCACACCCGUCGAUAAGGCACAUGCGCUUAUUCAGCCGGAUACAAGCAAGCCGGUGCGGUUGGCGGUGGUGGUGGAUGGGGAAAAGGGUACGGCGGAUGUUGUUCCGCUGGGGAAGGGGGGUGACUUUCCGGAGACUUUGAGGGGGUUUUCUUAG